UGCUCCAUCCGGCCACAUAAAUCGAGUGACGGAGUGAGAACAGAGAGAAAGAGAGAGAAUCGACAGGUCCACAUAAAACGAGUGACGGAGGGAGAGCAGGGAGAGAAGUCGAAGUCUGAGAGCCUUCAGGUUGUAUGUCACCGCUGUCAAUCGCCGACCAAUUCAUCGUUUUUGCGCCGAUAUUUCGGUGAAAUUUCUACAACCAGCGGUUUGUUGAUCAUCUGCAUGCUUUUUCCCUCAGCGUUGUUUCUAAUUCGAACUAUAUACAGUAGUAGAAAAGUGUGUUAUAUAUCUUUAUUCACAUCACAUGGUGGGUUUUUGGAGUAAGAUCAAUUGAGUUUGGAGCUAGCACUGAUGUUUAGAAGCAACAAUGUUACUGCCAGAAUUUUCGAGCGCCAGAUUUACACUCCUGCUCCGGGCACAAGUAUUCAUUAUGCAAGGCGGUUUUACGAGAAUCUAGUCCCAAGUUGUACCAUAUACGAUAUUGAAUGCCCCGACCACUCAUUCCGUAAGUUCACUGAUGAUGGUCAGUACCUCAUAAGUUUCAGCAGAAAUCAUCAAGAGCUCAUUGUCUAUAGGCCAACAUGGCUGUCAUUUUCAUGCAAAGAAGAAGAUUGUGAUAGUCAUGAUCUUCCCUCCAAAGCCAAUAGGUUUGAGAGCUUUUUCACCCAACUAUACUGUGUACCACUAGCUUCAAGCAACGAGCUUAUAUGCAAAGACUUCUUCCUUUACAUAGAGAGUAACCAAUUUGGACUCUUUGCAACUUCAACUGCCCAAGUUCAUGACGCGCCUGCUGUUGGAGGAGCUGUCCAAGGAGUCCCUUCAAUUGAAAAGAUAACUUUUCACCUUUUGAGAUUGGAAGAUGGAGCUAUACUUGAUGAGAGGGUUUUCCGCAAUGAUUAUGUUAAUCUCGCCCAUAGCAUGGGUGUUUUCUUGUAUGAUGAUUUACUGGCUAUAGUAUCCCUUCGCUAUCAAACAAUACACAUUCUUCAAAUUAGGGACUCCGGGAACCUUGUUGAUGUUCGAGCAGUUGGAGCAUUUUGCCGUGAAGAUGAUGAGCUUUUUCUCAAUUCCAAUGGGCAGUGCACGGUAGAACCUAACAAAAGUAAGCUGCAUCAGGUGCCCCUGAAUCAUAUUGGAAAUGGUCUGCAACAUAGUGAAUCUGUUCCAGACAAUUAUUUCCUCAGUGGUAUUAAACAGCGCUUGCUUUCAUUCAUAUUUCGUGGGAUAUGGAAUGAAGAAACAGAUCAAACCCUGAGAAUCCAAUGCCUGAAGAAGAAGUUCUAUUUCCAUUUUCAAGAUUAUGUUGAUCUGAUUAUUUGGAAGGUACAAUUCUUGGACCGGCAUCAUUUACUGAUAAAGUUUGGCAGUGUCGAUGGAGGGAUAACACGAAGUGCUGAUAACCAUCCUGCAUUCUUUGCUGUAUACAACAUGGAGACAACUGAAGUUAUUGCAUUUUAUCAGAAUUCGGCAGAGGAGCUCUAUUUCUUGUUUGAGCAAUUCAGUGACCACUUUCACGCAACAUCAAAAAAUUCAGUGUAUAUGAAUUUCAUAUCGUCUCACUCAAAUAACAUUCAUGCACUUGAGCAACUAAGGUGCAACAAAAAUAAAGCCAGCAGCUUUUCACAGUUUGUGAAGAAGAUGCUGGCCUCUUUGCCUUUUAGUUGCCAGUCGCAGAGUCCUUCUCCUUAUUUUGACCAAUCUCUCUUUCGAUUUGAUGAAAAGCUUAUUUCUGCAACUGACCGACACAGACAGUCCACAGACCAUCCCAUCAAGUUCAUUUUAAGAAGGAAACCGUAUUCUCUCAAAUUCAAGAUUAAACCAGGACCUGAAGCUGGUAGCAUAGAUGGUCGGACAAAGAAGAUCUCUUCAUUCCUGUUCCAUCCAAUUUUGCCCCUAGCUCUCUCUGUUCAGCAGACACUCUUUUUGCAGCCAUCAGUUGUAAAUAUUCAUUUCCGUGGAUGAUCACCUCAUCUUCUUCUUCUUCUUCUCUUCUUUUAGGGUUGCAUGUUUCCCAUCUGUAACAGCCUCUAGUGAGAUUGAAAUUGAACACGAAAGUUGUAUAUUUAUAUUAAGAGUUUACAACAUUAAUACAUUUAUUUCUUGUACUCUAUAAGCGUCUGUGUUUUUUUAAUGUAGUAUCUGACUUUGUUGAUAUGUAGUGAUGAUUAUUUGUAUUACC